UGGACUUUGUUUUGGCGGUAAAGUCGGGAGGAAAGACACAGUGACAUUAUUCAUCACUAGGAAUUGUCAGAGUUUGUUAAUAUCGAUGGGAUAAGGGUUUUUUGAGGGUUCAACUGGAUAAAUUGUGGGUGUUGGACUGACGAAGAUGCCUGAUGUGGUUAUCAAUGGAAUUCAGGUUACGUUUCCGUUCCAACCGUACAAGGUACAGGAGGAUUAUAUGGCUAAGGUGAUCGAGUGCCUCCAGAAUAAAAAACAUGGAGUUCUGGAGUCACCAACAGGAACUGGAAAAACAUUGAGCCUGCUCUGCUCCUCCCUGAGUUGGCUCCUAGUGAAAAAAGCCCAGCUGCAGGCCCAGGCGAUAAUGGGAGCUGUGGAGAAGCCAGAGUUCGGUGGAAAAUUCUUCGAGAAUCUCGCAAAUGGUCUUAACAGUUCUGCUGGAGUAUCAACUGAGGUGUCAGCCCAGAAUCCCAACUUCGGUUGGGCCAUGCCAAAGAUCAUCUACGCCUCCAGAACUCACUCACAAUUAUCCCAGGCUAUGCAGGAGUUGAAGAGAACCUCUUACAAACAUGUUAAAGUUGCUGUGAUUGGAUCUAGGGAUCAGUUGUGCAUUCAUCCUGAGGUCUCCAAGGAGCAAAAUUCAGCCAACAAAAUCCACAUGUGCCAGGCCAAAGUCAAAGCCAGAACCUGUUUUUAUUUCAAUAACGUUGAGAUCAGAAAAGACGAUCCAGCCUUCAAAACCGAAAUUUGUGACAUUGAAGAUUUAGUUAAAAAUGGUCAGAAGUUCAAGUGCUGUCCAUACUUCCUGGCCAAGGAGCUGAAGCAGUCAGCAGACAUAACUUUCAUGCCCUACAAUUACCUCCUAGAUCCGAAGACGAGAAAAUCCCAGGGGAUUGAUCUCCAGAACCACGUGAUUCUCCUCGACGAGGCUCACAACGUCGAGAAGACGUGUGAAGAAGCAGCUUCCCUCCAGAUCAGUAGUACAGACGUAGCCCUGUGCAUCGAUGAGAUCACAAAGGUAAUGAAGGACAUGGCUGAGGACAAGUCUGAGGACAUUGGUUUCAACCUCGAAGGCCCCGGAACGAAUUUACAGAAGGAUUUCACCCCUGAGGACCUGUGUGUUCUCAAGAUUAUGUUUCUGGCUGUGGAGAAGGCCAUCGACGAGAUUCCCUUGAAGAUGGGGACUGAGGGGGACACAUACCCUGGUGGAUACGUCUUUGAACUCCUCGAGAAGGCCGAUUUAACCCAUGGAAAAGAGCAAAUAGUCAUCGAAAAACUUGAUAAAAUCGUUCUGUACUUGUCGACGAUCAGUGCAUCUCCAUUUGCCAGACGUGGAAAUUCGCUGCAGAAGUUCUGUGAUUUUCUGAGGACAGUUUUCAGCGGCGGGGGGGCAUCGAAUUCGUUUAAGCACCGUGAGAGGGUCAAGCAGGCGUAUAAAGUUUAUGUUCAGCCUGAGGAGGCCAAGAAAUCUGGGAGGAACGAUGGCUGGGAGCCCAAGAAACCUGCGCAGAAGGCUGGGGGCAAGCUCAUCAGCUACUGGUGCUUCAGUCCUGGCUUUGGAAUGCAACAGUUACUAGAGCAGGGGGUUCAUUCCAUCAUUUUGACUAGUGGCACGUUGUCUCCUUUGAAACCAUUCAUCUCGGAAUUGGGUAUUCCUAUUGAUGUGCAGCUGGAGAAUCCUCAUAUUGUCACUGCCAAACAGGUAUGCGCAGGAGUAUUGAGUCAAGGGCCCGACUGCCACCCCCUGAACUCCUCCUACAACACUCGAAACGACCCAAAGUACAUUUCCGCCUUGGGACGAACCCUCUACAACUUCAGCUGCCUCAUCCCCCACGGUCUCCUCGUCUUCUUCCCCUCCUACCCAAUGAUGAAGAAGUGUCGAGACGACUGGCAGAGCUCAGGGCUCUGGUCGACAAUCUCCGAGAAGAAGCCGAUCUUCGUGGAGCCCCAGACAAAAGACAGUUUCAACAGCGUGAUGAACGACUUCUACCAAAAGAUCCAAGACCCAACGCACAAUGGAGCGAUUUUCCUGGCUGUCUGCAGGGGAAAGGUCUCCGAGGGCCUGGACUUUGCGAACGCCAAUGGUCGAGCUGUCCUCAUCACAGGCCUCCCUUUUCCACCGCUGAAGGACCCCAGAGUUGUGCUGAAGCAGAAGUACCUCGAGGAGAUGAGAAUGAAGAACAAGGAGGGACUCUCUGGGCAGCAGUGGUACCAGCUGGAGGCCUCCAGGGCAGUGAACCAGGCGAUUGGAAGAAUAAUAAGACACAAGGACGACUAUGGAGCGAUUGUUCUGUGUGACACGAGGUUCAACAACGCCAGCUUCAAGGGACAACUGUCAUCCUGGUUGAGGCCCCACAUAAAGGACUUCUCGAACUUUGGAAUUGUCACCAGAGAGCUCAGGAAUUUCUUCAAGACUGCUGAAGCCACUCUUCCACAGCCCAAGAGCGCUCCCUCGAGGGAGUUCUCACUCCCGGCAGUUCCUGCGAGCUUCGAGUACAGCAGUAAAACACGUGGAGGGAGCUCCCUGAAGGUAGCAGAGACAGCAGCACCAGAAGAAAAUUUUAAUCUCGAUAUGUACAAGCCUGAGAAGGUGGAGAACAAUUCGAGUGUCAAGAAGAAGGAUUUUCCGGAGCCUCAGGGGAAGAGUGUUAUCAACUUUGGGACACUGAAGGCUGUGGGGGGCUGGAGUCAAUCAGAACUCGUUAAGAAUUCCAUUUCCUCGGAGCCAGCCUCGAAGAAACGGAAAUUGAAGAUUCAACCGAUCGAAUUCACGUUCGACGCUCAGGCAUCGACGUCCAGAGACCCUCAGGAGCAGAAUGGACACAAUGGUUUGGAAAAGAAAAGCCCUGGGGAUGAGAAGAAGGAGCUGGGCAAGAUGUAUCUGAAGGAGGUGAAACGGUCACUCAGUGAGGAUAAUUAUAAGGUUUUUGCGAAGAUGAUUCAGGUGUACACGAAAACUGGAGAUUUCGAGGGACUUUUGAAGACCCUGGAGGGAUUGUUCCCUGUUGGUAGUGGAUUUGAAAGGCUUUUCGAGGGAUUUAGAAGCUUCUUGAAGAAGCAACACGUCUCUGCGUUUGAUAGCCACGUAAGGAAAUGAAAUAAUCACGUUGUCUUCUCUUUGUAGCUAAAAGUGCCUUAAAUUAUUUAUUAGUGAAGAAAAUGAACCACAGGUUGGAAUAAACGACUAAUUUUUUAUAAUUUCUUCUCGAGUUGUUAUUCACUCAUUAAUUAAUUACGUAUUGUAUAAAAAUUGUAUUAUCUAUCCCAAUUCGGUUCUCUUUUCAAUAUUAACAGCAAAUAAUUAGGGGAUAAAAACCAUAGGACAAUAAAUAAAAGGGUAGAGUGAACAGAAUUUGGGAAGAGGUGUUUAAAGAAGGGAACAGCGAAGAUAAAAAAACACAUAGUGAUGAUAGUGAAGAAAAUGAACCACAGGUUGGAAUA